AUGGUCAACUACUACGUCAAACGUUUGUCUUCUGUGGCGUUCCUACUGGCCUGUGUCUUCGGAUAUAUGACGUCACAAACCUGCCCUAGCAACUGUAUCUGUGCUGUUUCAGAUUAUGUGACGUGUCAGCCAAAGAUGACGUCAUUUCCGAUAGGUCUACCUGCAAACACCACCAGCAUUAACCUGCUUGGCUCCUUUAAUAACAGAAACUCUCUAUCAACAUUGAAACACUCAGCUUUGUCAGCGUUCUCGAAUCUUGAAGAUUUCUACGUUACUUACAGUGAGGUGACAAAGUUAGACGAUGACUUGUUUCAAGGAUUAACUAAACUAAAACGUAUUGCCCUACAACAUAAUAAGAUCUCCCAGAUAAACACUGGCAUCUUCCAUGGCUUAAAUGAUGUUGUCUUCGUGGAUCUGACUGGAAACACGGGAUGUAAGAUCGCCGAUGACGCAUUUGCUUCCUUAAAGAACCUGCAUGAUCUAUUUCUGGGUGACCUCAACCUUGGACGUGCUUCCAGUGCCAUAUUCACUGGGCUGACAAAUCUCAGAAACCUUGAUCUCCAUGGAAACAAUUUUGAAAAGGUAUCUGUGCAAUUAUUUCAACAUUUGACAAGCCUUAAGACUCUAGACCUGUCCGACAAUAAAUUAGCAACUAUUCCUGAUUCGUUCGAGCUGAUCUUCCAGAAGCUGCAGAUCAUCCAUCUUUCAGACAACCCCUGGAGAUGUACAUGCGACAUUCAGUGGCUGAAGAACCUCAACCAGAGCGUGAUGUACUCCGUGUACUCGGGAAAUGUUCCGGCAUGCGCUGCUCCAAGUGUACUGAAAUACCAUACGAUUUACCAUGCAGAAGAUAAGGACUUCACUUGUAUUCCCCCCAAAAUUCUAAAGUGCGGGGAUCUCUAUACCGUGAAACAGGGAGAUCUGCUACACAUUUCAUGUCAGAUUGAGGGUGAUCUGUUUCCGAAUGUGACCUGGAUGAGACCCGACGGGACCAUAAUCUCAGCUUCAAGUGUCUCCAUCUUCGACCCCCGGUAUACGACAACAAGGGAUGUCAGCACUGUUUUGACUGCUGAGGCUUCUUAUGACGGGUUAUGGACAGUUCAGGCUGCCAACGAUAAAGGAAAGGACGAGAAAACAUUCCGCGUUCAUGUUCAAAUUCCCACAACUACGUCAACGACUACAACUGCAACUCCGGUGGAGUCAGCUGACGUUCUUGGCAGCGGGUUCCUGGUGGCGGUCGGCGGGUUCGGGAGCACGGUGCUCCUUGGACUGAUUAUAUUUGGAAGUGUGGUGUGCUGCAGUCAGGCUAAGAAAGGCCAGGUGGAACCGACCGACACCAUGGAGUCUUUGAAGAAAGAACACAUUGACACAAUAACAUUUAUUGUUACACCACCGACUUAG